UUGUACAAGAAAAGUAUCCUGUGUGAGAGACUGAAAAAAGUUGAAGUUGAGAAAUUCAAAAAUGAAAAAUAUCACAAUUUUGAAAAGGAAAGUGAUGUUCUAUGCUUUAUAAGGAGAGUAACCUGUGAGAGAAUAGAAAAUUGAAGAAUUUGAGGAUUUUUGUUGGAAGAAGUGAAGUGUUGAUAAUUGAUUGAGAUACGGUUGAUAUAGAAGGCCAUUGUUUAUUCUCUACAAAUUUAAUUGCCAAUCAUAUAGUAUAUGAAUGAAUAAGAAAGGACUGAAUUCGAUGAAUGAACAGAAUAAAUAAACCUAGUUGGUGUGUGAGAAAUCUUCAUGAAAAAUGAGGACUUAAAUCAGUACAUUGACUACAGCUAUUUUGAAAAUCAAUUUUUGAUAUCAACAAAUGAUCAACCGAUAUCGAUAUCAAACGAUGAUCAAAUGAUAUCAACAACAUCGACAAAUGAUCAAAUAAUGAAACGUUAUUUUGAAAAUCAAUUUUUGAUAUCAACAAAACAUUGAGAUUAAAACGUGGACAAAAGAUCGAAUAAUAAAACGUUGAAAGAAGUUGAAUUUGAUAACCAUCAAUCUUGAAAGAUUCAUCAUUAUUUGCUAUCAUAAUUCUUGUUAUAAUCAGAACUAUUGUAUUAAAGAAGAUUGAAGAACAAUCUAAAUCCAGACAGUUUCUCAAAUAGUUCAAGGUUCUCAAAUCAACAUCAAGUAUGAAACGUUAUUAGGUACUUUAACGGAGUGUUCAACAGUUUUCUAAACCAAGCAAAUUCAAGUCAAGACAGUUUUUCAAAGAGUUCAUAGUUCUUCAACCGACCCUCUCUCUAUUAACCUCGGUUAGGUACCUUUUCCAAAGUGCUUAAAGAUUCAAAACCAUCUCAAAACAGUUGAACGAAGCGUUUAUCAACCAACCUCAAGCUGAGACGACAGUUUCUAGGUAUUCUCUACUAGGUUAGGUAUCUUUUCCAAAGUGCUUGAAGAUUGAAAACCAUCUCAAAACAGUUGAACAAAGCGUUUAUCAACCAACCUCAAGCUGAGACGACAGUUUAUAGGUAUUCUCUACUAGGUUAGGUAUCUUUUCCAAAGUGCUUAAAGAUUCAAAACCAUCUCAAAACAGUUGAACAAAGCGUUUAUCAACCGACCUCAAGCUGAGACGACAGUUUCUAGGUAUUUUUUCCAAGUGUUCAACGAUUUAUUACCAAAAAAAAUCCACCUCAAAACAUUUUCUUUAAGCGUUCAACUUUCUCCUACCACUUCCAACCAUGGAACUACCCUUCGAAGAAGGUUUCACCCUCGCGAUGAGCCCGCUCAAUGGAAGCCUAGACAACGAGACCCUCCUAGGCAACACAACCUUCUGCAAAACCAUUGACCAGACCACUCUACUGCUCUUCACGCAAGUUCUCUACGCAAUCGUGUGCAUCGUCGGCCUUUUCGGAAACUCUCUAGUGAUCUAUGUUGUUCUACGGUUCUCCAAAAUGCAGACUGUGACAAACAUGUACAUUGUAAACCUGGCUGUGGCUGACGAAUGUUUCCUAAUUGGUAUUCCGUUUCUGAUAGCGACAAUGAGCCUGCAGCUGUGGCCGUUCGGGAAGAUAAUGUGCAAGUUUUAUAUGACGACGACAAGUAUUAACCAGUUCACUAGUAGUAUAUUCUUGACGAUCAUGAGUGCCGACCGAUAUGUGGCUGUUUGUCAUCCUAUAUCAGCUCCGAAGAUGAGGACGCCGUUCAUUUCUAAGGGUGUGAUUACAUUCAACGCGUACAUGUGCAAGUGCAAGCCUGGUUAUGCAUGA